AUGACGAUAUUGCUCGGUCCCAAGUCGGAUCGGGCGAUUGAACUGCUGCGGUUUCGGUGGGUGGAGGAUUCCUCGUUGGAGGAGGCGUCGCCGGUUGAGGUUUCUCGACGCUUCGACGAGAUGUGGAGAGACCUUCCCACUGGACUCACCACGACGGCCUGUCUCAUGGUGACUCCCCCAGCCUUAGAGUCAGUCCUCAAUUCACCACUUCCUUCUUCAGCGCCCCUGAGAGACCGAAAGGAGAUUCCAUACGUGGUUGCAGUCUCCAGGCAAAUCCCCCAGCCCGUCUACACCUUCACCCUCGACAGCUCGGGAGAAACAGUCACCUGCGCAGACAGACCAGUCUUCCACCUCACCACCCAGAAAUCCAAACCACAUCUUACCGUCUUGCGUCUCCCACCGCCAGGACCAAGGUCUCCAGCGCCUAUCCCCAUCGGAACCUGCACCGUCCACAAGUUCCCCUCUAGCAAGGUGGACAUCACACUUCACGGCCACGAAUUCCUACUCAAGCGCGACCUCCUCAAAAGCGAUAACCACCACUUCGAUUACCCACCUCUAGGGCACUUCAAAUGGAAGCCCGAUGCAUGGGGAGGGAGUAAACUGGAGUUGUUUGACAACGAGCGGCGGUUGUUAGCAAGAUACCACAAGAAGCUAUCCUUGAAAGGCCAGGGGCAGCAGAUUGAAGUGUUUGUGCAAGGAGAUGAGCGGUUCGUGGAGAUGGUGGUUGUGACGGCGUUGGCGAUGAGGCAUUAUAUUGAGGUGGAGAAUAAGGAUAUUAAGAAGGUGACUGACAUUCUUGAUGCUGUGGGCGGGGGUUAGUUGACCAAUCAUUAUAUACAAAUUAAUCCAUGUAUCACGUAUAGGCCAU